GUUUUUGCCCAAAAAUCAGGUCGUCGGGAUGGAAUUUGUGACAUUUUGUCCACAUCAACAAUUUGUAUGAGUUUGGUGUGUAUAGAAAUUGUGCCUAUUAGUCUGCUCCGACUUUUCAGUCGAGUGACAUACCCCAGUGGACUUUGAUACUCACGAGUUGCCCUGUGCAAACACUCGUGACUGCCCCCCUCCCAUCCCCACUUUCCGAGUGAGAGGCCCAUUUUUCUUUGGUUUGAUCGGAAAUUAGAAAAGAGGGCCGCCAUGGCACUGGACAUCCGCCUGAAGAAGGUGAAUAAGAUCUACUAUGACGGGGAGCUCGUGUCUGGAGUUGUGGUGAUCCAGAGUAAAGGAGACAUGCAGCACCAAGGUGUGAAUCUGUCAAUGGAGGGUUCUGUGAACCUGCAGCUGAGUGCCAAAAGUGUGGGUGUUUUUGAAGCCUUCUACAACUCCCUGAAGCCCAUCCAGCUAGUCAGCUACGCCGUGGAGCUGGUCAAGCCCGGCAAGCUGCCCUCCGGAAAGACCGAAAUCCCCUUCGAAGUUCCCCUGAAGCCGAAGGGACACAACAAGGUGCUGUACGAGACAUACCACGGCGUCUUCGUGAACAUUCAGUACCUGCUCCGAGCUGAGGUGAAACGCUCCCUGCUGAACAAAGACCUGACCAAACAGAGCGAGAUCAUUCUGGAGUACAGGGACUCCAAGGACAAGGCCUCGGCCAAACCUGUGCCCUUCACCAUCACACCUGACUCCUUACAGAACAUCAAGGAGAAAAGUCAGGUUCCAAGGUUUGUUGUGAAAGGUAAGCUGGAUUCCUCCGUAUGCUGCCUGUCGCGCCCGUUGACGGGAGAGUUGGUCGUGGAAAGCUCCGAGUCGCCGAUCCGCUCCAUCGAGCUGCAGCUGGUGCGCGUGGAGACCUGCGGCUGCGCUGAAGGCUACGCUCGCGACGCCACGGAGAUCCAGAACAUCCAGAUCGGGGAGGGGGACGUGUGCCGCGGGCUGACUCUACCCAUCUACAUGAUCUUCCCUCGGCUCUUCACCUGCCCCACGCUCAUCACAUCCAACUUCAAGGUGGAGUUUGAGGUGAACGUGGUCAUCGUGUUACAGAACGACCAUCUCAUCACUGAGAACUUCCCUCUCAAGCUCACCAGGUUCUAAGGACAAUAAACUGAAGUUCUACGAUACAAACUGCUUGUAUUUUCAUCAUCAAGUUGUAGAAGUAGUAGACUCACAGCUAUUGUAAGUUGGAAAGAGAGAUGUUGGAAGAUCAUGCUGUGAAGAUUUGUAUUGAAUAACAGUUACCAGUACAAUUGCAAUAGGGAAUUGCAUGUAAACAUAGGCAGGAAGGAUGGAUGGGCAAUUUCAACUUGUCGUAUCUGCCCUACAAAUUUAUGGUCUGCAGGCAGAUAUGGAGAAAUUUCCUUUACAUAAUGACCCAUUCAAUUCCUCAGUCACACUUACUAUCUAAUUUAAUGUGUAUUCAAAGAAAUCGUGAAUUAUGAGUUCCUGCCUGUGUGUCCAAUUAUAUGGCAUUCCAAUGUGAAACUUGGUACAUCUUAGUUACAAAGGUACAGACACCACAGAAGACACAAACACGACACAGUCACGAAAUCAACUUUUUCUUGCACAAAGUUCUUGAUAGAAAACAGCACAGCAGUGUGGUAACAAGGAUGUACACCAAGUUCAAGUAUCGUCAUCAUCUCAGUUUUUACAUCUGCACAAGACCUUCGGAACUUGACAUGCAUGUAAAAAUAGUUUCUCUCACAUCUGUUACACCUCAGCAAGUUCUGGUGUAUCAUACGAGGACUUUUAUGGAUAAUAAACCGGGCAGGUGAACCCGUCUUUGCUUCCACAUGCAGCUCAAGUUCCUGUCAAAAAGGGAAAAGCGGAGACUUUACAAAACCUGACUUUGGUACGGUUGCGUGGGCUAUAAUGGUUAUGAGCAGGAAUGUUCAUUUUUGUUCCACAAUCAACUUACUUCUGGAUUAAAUGCAUUUUACAUUAUUGAUGUCUAAUGGGACUGUCUAAAAAAUUCAACCUUCUUCUCAAAAAACAAGUAAAAGCAUUGAAUGAAGCUUUGAACUGACAAUUCUGGCUUCUUUUUUAACAUGCUUACAGUUCUUUGAGAAAACAAGUUGAGGUGGUCCCCCAGGGUACCUCUUCCGUUCAAGUGAAAUUGCAUAAAUUUUGUCAUUACCUGUACAUUGUAACCUGAACUGCAAGUCAUUAUGUACUGUAUGAAUUAAAAUUUACAUCAUGAAUAAAUUUAAAUUAUCAAAUUAUAAGGAUCAUCUUAUAUUGUGUCCAGGUAAACAGAUUACUUGACAACUUAGUUAUUUCAAAAGUUGUGACAUCUUAUGUAUCAUAGUAUUACAGGUAAAUGCCCAGUGAAGUAACUUUGUGGCCACUAAUACAAACCAACUUUCAGGGUUCUAACUUUUCCUUACACAGUUGUGCACAUUGCCUGAUGUUGUAGGCUCACAUCUUAUUGCCCUGCCAAGUGCCAACCUCUCUUUUCUUUUGAGGAAGCAGCAUUUAAAUCCCCAGUUGGUUUAAAAGAAAAAGAAGUACAGCAAAAAAGUACAAACUACUUCAAGAAUACUGAAGUGAAAUGAGCAACACACUGGCUUAAGCUUUCACACAAAUAUUAUAUCGUGCAGAUUACAAAAGUUAAAUGUUCUUGAUUUUUAUAUUCAGGUGAACUUUGCUGUAUCUGACUCUCCCAUCUGAGAGUCACCAAAGGCAGCCUGGAGUCCAGUCUUGUGAGCUUUAGUCUGUUCACCAAGAUCCACCUCGACCAACACUAAGCUCUUUAUUUGUCAUAAUUGCAGAUCAUUUAAAUGGUAAUGGUGCUCAGUUUCUAACAAGACUGAAGGGUAGUGCAUUUUUGGGAGCAGACUAAAGCUAAGAAGGCUGCAGGGUAGCGGACUUUGGGGAGCGGACUAAAGCUAACAAGACUGGACUAUAGGCUACGCCAAAGGGCCAUCUGAGGCCUUGUCUUCUGAACACUACAGUAACAUGGACACCAGGGGUAUAUCCACCACUCCACAGGGAACAGGAACAUGCAUUAGUACACACUUGUCAUGAAUAAGGGCCACAGACACACAGGAACAUUGUCCAAGGGACUUACCUUCCUCUGCUACUUUUAACAACGAAUGGCACAAGGACAUGCAGAGAAAAAAAAAUAUCAGACUUUCUUCACUUUUCUCUUUCACCUUCAAAUGCCACAUAGUUUUAACAGCAGAGGAAAGUUACCUUAUUAAUCUGGGUAGUAUUAUGAAACAAGUUUGAGCUGUAAAUUCCAACACAAGAAAUUAGAUUGACCCAAAUUUUUGACGUUUUAACUCAAGUCCUUGUCAAGCAAUCCACUGCUUCUGACAUCACAUUAUGCAGAUGACACACAGAACUCUGUGUGCAGUGGAUCAUAUAUAUAGGUUGUAGAAAGUCUGUGGUUCUACCAUCAUUAUUGAGGGAUGGUUAGUCGAGCCCUGAUGUACAGUGGAUAGCUUUCCAGCUUUUCCUUGACAAAGACAGGAGUUGUUCAGUCAAAAAUUUGGGUGCUUCUGUUGGAAAUUACAGUUCGAACUUGCUUUCUAAUGAUUUCUACCAACACAGAUGAACUUUCAAGAUUACCUGGCAGAGUAUUGGUCUAAAUCAAAGAGGCAGCAGCACGACCUUACAUAAGAGGUCAGGAGACACCUACAGCCAAUCACAUUUUUCUGACAAAUAAACAAUGCAGCAAAAGCACUCUACAAGAAUAUAGUAGCCCAUAUCAUGGCUAGAUAUAUGAAUAUAAUGUUAAAAGUACAUGUACAUGUGCAUAAGAUCAAAAAAUCACUAAGUGUAACAAUCAUAUAUUUAUACAUUUCCACCACCAUUAAAUAAUGUUAAGAAAAUCUCUGAGGAAAAUCAAAUCCAGGCUAGUAAAUUGCACGUAUUCCACUCGUGAUACACAAAGAAGACAAAAACGGUGUGUGCACAAAAUGGUAAGGUUGACAACAAGUAAACUUGUGAUGUUAGUAGUGAUAAAACUUUGGCUGUCAUCAGUAUUUUCUUGAUUUGUAACACAAACACAAUGUCAUAUUAUCAAACACAGAUAUCUUCCUAACCAUACACAGACUGCACGGCACGAGUCUUGAGUAGCAUGCCCUGAUUAGUUUGUUAAUGUUCCCCUUUCUCCCAGUUUUAUGUUGCAAAGAAGCAAAAUAUAUAGACUUUAUACUUAUUCUAGGCAGAUGCAAGUGGAACAAAUGUCUAAAUUACCUUUUUGCUGGGAUGACUAAUAUAAAAGUGGUGCACCCCAAUAUGUUGGUCAUAAAUGUUGGUCAUCAUUAUUCCUACAAUAUAACAUCCGUAUAUGUCUGAUUUAGUAUCAAGGCUACGCCAAUUUAAUCAAUUGGUUCACAGAGGAUUCACUUGCUUCAUUGUUUUCUGAUUUGCAAAAAAAAUUGUGGUUCUGAAUCAACUGCAAAAUGCUCUGUUUUGGCCCCUAUAAUUGAAGAAAGUCUUAGAUGUUAUUAUAGUGCUCCAUCUAUAAAAGCAGUGGUUUGAUUAAAAGUUUAAACUCAUUAUUACAAACCUGCCUGGUAUAUAUGUUGUUCAUGGCUCUUAGCAUUUUGGGCUAUACCUAGGCCUGUUGUUUUUGCUGUUGCUUCAUACUUUUUCUAAAAACAAUCAGGAGAACCAACAAAUUAAAUUGGUGUGGCCUAAGAAACAACAGCCUAGAAGUAGAACAAGCACAUUGACUGCAAACAAGGUCUACCUUAGGACUCAAGAUAUCUCUGAAACUUUACAGAACUCCAGUCAUUUCUACUGGUCAUUCAUGCACCUAUUACAACUGUCUAUGAUGCAGUCAGUGCCAUAUGUACUUUUAAACAGUAAAAACCUGCACAUAUAUACAGAUCCCAGCACAACCUAUGUGUAGUAGAGUAGAAAAAGUUUCAAGGCAUUUCAUGGCUUUACAGCUGUACAAGACCAUAACUGGUUGGGGAGGGGGGCUUUGGGUACCCUUGUGACAGAGGCAUUAUUCUGUUACAACCUGCAAUAAGAGAUUAAAACAGAUACUGACUGUUUGCUUUUUUUACUGCAGUCAUUGCAAAGACUUCAAAACAAAUUAGAUUGGUUCUUGAUAUCUUAUUGGUAGCCUUUUUUACGUUGUAACAUCUUUGCAGGUUUCCCCAACUGAGAAAUUAUUGACAUAAGUUUUGAUAAUUUGCAAAGACAGGAAAAUUCUUUCUAUGUGAAAUAAUUAUGGUCUUUUUACUAGUGCUAAAAUAUGUGCAAACUGGUGCAUACCUUAAAUACACCUAGUACCACCUGGUAUCAACAAACUAGCCAACAAUACCAGAAAUAGUAAGUUAUAAUAAUUUCUAUAAGAAAGUCAUCUUUGAUUUUGUCACAUAACCUUUCUCAAAGUAUAUUUCUCCUAGAAGUGUAU